AAAUUACUCUCUCCCUGCGGCUUUCCCUCCGACCCCUCGCUCUUCCGAUCAGACCUCGUCUCCAGCCUUAUAUCUCCCUCCUCUCCGUUGAACCGAGGUCACUGAGAACUAUAUCCUCUAUUACCCCGCGAACUCAGUCACUCAAGUCACUCAAUUUGCUCUUCCAAUUCAAUCCGUAAACAUGACUACAAACAGCACUGGCAACGGCGGCGCUGUCGGACAAGAGAAUAUCAACACUGAUAUCGUCACACUCUCUCGAUUCUUCACGGAAGAACAAACCAAGGUCCCCGAGGCCACUGGUGACUUCACACUCCUCUGCCACGCGCUCCAAUUCUCCUUCAAAUCCAUCGCCUACUAUAUUCGUCGUGCCUCGUUAAUCAACCUGACCGGUCUCGCCGGUUCCUCAAACACAACCGGUGAUGACCAGAAAAAGCUGGACGUUAUUGGAAAUGACCUCUUCGUGUCCGCUAUGCGCACAUCCGGCAAAUGCCGCAUCCUCGUCUCCGAGGAGGAGGAAGAAGCGAUCAUCUUUGACGAACACCCCAAUGCCCGCUACGCUGUAGUCUGCGAUCCCAUUGACGGCUCUUCCAACCUUGACGCUGGCGUCUCGGUCGGUACCAUCUUUGGCAUCUUCAGGCUCCCUGACGACAUCCUCGGCCCUGGGAAGAAGGUCACAGCCAAGGACGUGCUCCUCCCAGGUACCGAAAUGGUUGCCGCGGGCUUCACCAUGUACGGCGCCUCAGCCCAACUCGUCAUCACGAUGAAGAACGGCGGCGUCAAUGGAUUCACUCUCGAGAACUCUCUGGGCGAGUUCAUCCUCACACACCCCAACAUGAAGUUGCCCCCCAGCCGCGCGAUCUACUCCGUCAACGAGGGUAACAGCAUGUACUGGGACGACUGGUGCAACGCCUACUUUGACUCUCUUAAGCGUCCCGGUGAGGGCAAGAAGCCCUACAGCGCGCGUUAUAUCGGUUCCAUGGUUGCAGACGCUUACCGUACUCUGCUCUACGGUGGAGUCUUCGCUUACCCGGCCGACUCGAAGAGCCCCAAGGGCAAGCUGCGUAUCCUGUACGAGUGUGCGCCCAUGGCCAUGGUCUUCGAGAAUGCAGGCGGAAAGGCCGUUAACUCACGCAUGGAGCGCCUUCUCUCUGUUCAGCCGGAGUCUAUCCACGACAAGAGCGGUGUUUUCCUCGGCUCUCGGGACGAGGUGCAGAAGGUCAUCGAUACAUACAACAAAUACAAGAAAUAAAACGCUAUACAUCGUCUAUAUAUCGUCUGAGAUGAAUGUUCCACAUGAAGAUGCCUUUCUAAGCUGCUGGCGUCCGGUCGGAGUUGUCCCGUUGGUCUGGUCUGGAACUUUGCUGGCUAGGUUCUUAAAAUAAAUACCUGUGUGAUCACAAAAGAGAAAAAAAUAAUGAAAAGUGAAAAAUA